UCCUCUGUUGAACACCUCUCUUUUCCACACUUUUACACUUGGCAGCCAACGUCCAUUUUUUGCCCAUCUUUGGUUGUCGUUGCACCCAGAACUUGGUUGGUGGAGAGACCAACGUCAUCUUUGUUAAACUUGGACUGUAUUUGCUCAAAGAUUUGCUUGAGGUUUUUCCAUCAUGUUGCGUUGCGUUGUUCAGAGAGCCAACAACCUGCGGCAUUCGCAUCCCGUGGCCAGUGUCACCUUUCGAGGCUCUAAGAAGAAGACCAAGGUCAUCAAAAAUAAUGCCAAUCCUGUUUGGAAUGAGGGGUUCGAAUGGGACUUGAAGGGGGUCCCUUUGGACUCGGGGGCUGAGCUGCACUGUGUGGUCAAGGACCACGAGAAAAUGGGGAGGAACAGGUUUCUUGGUGAAAGUCGACUUUGUGUCAGAGACGUGCUAAGCUCUCCCAACAUGGCGGCCUCCUUCACCGUCUCUCUGCUUGACACCAAGAGGAAUAACACAGGGGCAACACUCACCUUGCAGGUGUCCUACAUCCCUCCUCCAGGGUCAGCUCAUGUCUUCCAGUCUCCGUGCCUGCCUGAGGUCCUGCCGCACAACAACCCAAAUGUGGAGCUAGACACUGUCACAAUGAUCUCCCUGGACACUCUGGGCGAGGAAGACACAGAGAGCAUGAUCAUGCUCGAGGUCCCUGAGGACCAAGGUGCGGAUGACGGACGCUCCAUGGUGGUGGUCGGCCCCCAAGGACCCCAAGGGCAGGAGUCGCCUGCUGCCCAGACCCCAAAACGUUCGCCGCCAUACUACAACACUCAUGGAGGGUUGAAGAAGAGGAGGAAGGGAGCCAGCAGUCAGGCCAAACCUCUUUCCAACAAGUCUCAGGACAUUCAGGUUCGUGUGCGAGUCAUUGAGGCUCGACAGCUGCCGGGCAUCAAUGUCAAACCUGUUGUCAAGGUGACGGUGGCUGGACAGAGCAGGAGAACACGUAUCCGCAAAGGCAACAACCCAGUCUUUGAUGAGACUUUCUUCCUGAACUUCUUCGAGACGCCAUCUGACUUGUUUGACGAAGCCAUCAUCAUCAUGGUGUGCGACUCGCGCUCCCUUAGGACAGACGCCAUGAUCGGACAGUUUAAGCUUGACGUGGGCGCUGUCUACAACGAGCACCGACACUGCUACUUAAGAAAAUGGCUGCUUCUCUGUGACCCUGACGACCUGUCUGCUGGGGUUAGAGGUUACCUGAAGGUCAGCCUCUUGGUGCUGGCCGCUGGAGACGAGCCACCGGCGGACAAGCGCGAGUGUGUGGAGGAGAAGGACGACAUCGAAGGAAACCUGCUGCGACCAGCUGGUCUGUCCCUCAGAGGAGCGUCUUUUACCUUGAGGGUUUUCAGAGCUGAGGACCUUCCUCAGAUGGACGAUGCCUUCAUGGACGGCGUGAAGCAGAUUUUUGGCUUUGACAGUAAUAGGAAGAACUUGGUGGAUCCCUUAGUGGAGAUCCACUUUGCUGGCAAAACAGUCUGCACCAAGGUUUUGGAGAAGAAUGCCAAUCCACAAUGGCACCAGAGUCUCACAAUGCCAAUCAGGUUUCCGUCGAUGUGUGAGAAGAUGAGGAUCAGAAUUCUUGACUGGGACCGAGCCAGUCACAACGAUGUAAUCGGCACAACUCACCUUUGUAUGUCCAAGAUCUCAGCCCCUGGUGGAGAGCUAGAGGAUGACUUGACUCCCUGCAACAUCCAAUCUGGCAUGGAUGACACUCUUGGGUUCCUGCCCACAUUCGGUCCGUGUUUUGUCAACUUGUACGGAAGUCCCAGAGAGUUUAGCACGUUCAAUGACCCAUAUGAAGCCCUCAACCUGGGAAAAGGGGAGGGCGUGGCUUACCGAGGUCGUGUUUUACUGGAACUGACUACAAAGCUGGUGGACAAGCCGGAGCCUAAAACGGAAGACAUCGUGUCAGAUGAUCUGCUGGUGGCUGAGAAGUUCCUCAGGAAGAGAAAAUAUUGUCUCUUUGUGGCAUUCUACUCGGCGACGCUCCUCCAAGAUGUCGACGACGCCAUCCAGUUUGAGGUCAGCAUUGGCAACUACGGCAAUAAAUUUGACUACAGCUGCCUCCCUCUGGCCUCAACCACACAGUUCAGCAGGGCCGUGUUUGACGGUUGUCAAUACUAUUACCUCCCAUGGGGAAAUGUGAAGCCGGUGGUGGUCCUAUCUUCGGCGUGGGAAGACAUCGCUCCACGGAUUGAGGCCCUCAAUAUGCUGCUGGCUAUCCUCCACAGACUUGAGGCCAAUCUGCAGCGGGUGGAGCUGGAAGUAAAAGCAGGAAGCGACAUGUACGUGCUGGAGGAGAGGGUAAUGGAGAUGCUAGAUCAGGUGAUCACAGACUGCAGUCAGGAGCUACCGUCUCUCCAGGACUGGCCGUGUGCCACCCCUCUGGACCGCUCACUGCGACACAUUCGCACUCUGCACCUGCAGCAAAUCGUGGCGGCGGCACUGGCCUUCAAACACGGGCCAGCCACGGAGCUUUCAGCCGUCAUGGAGCAGGCGGAGGACUGGAGCAGCCGACUGAGGAACUUAGCUGAGGAGCCUCAGAACAGUUUCCCUGACAUCGUGAUAUGGAUGCUGCAGGGCGAGCGAAGGGUGGCGUACCAUCGCGUCCCGGCACACAGUGUCCUCUUCUCUGAGCGCCACUGUGGCAAACACUGUGGACAGCUGCAGACUGUCUUUCUCAAAUAUCCACAAGGGAGCUCCGGGGAGGCCAAGCUUCCCGGUCAGCUCAGGAUCAAAGUGUGGUUCGGACUGGCUGCAGACAACAAACACUUCAACCAGUGCACUGAAGGAAAACUGUCUGUGUUUACAGAAACGUAUGAGAACCAGACCCGUCUUGCUCUUGUGGGCAGCUGGGGAACUGCAGGUCUCACCUGCCCUAAGUUCAGCGACGUGACGGGAAAGGUGAAACUGCCCAAGGAGAGUUUCAAACCCUCUCCUGGCUGGACCUGGGCCGGAGACUGGUACAUCAGCCCAGAGAGGACACUGUUGUUUGAUGUGGACGCCGGUCACAUGACAUUCACAGAGGAAGUUUUUGAAAACCAGAUGAGGUUACCUGGUGGCCAAUGGAUUGGCAUGCCUGAAGGAUACACUGAUGUGAAUGGCGAAAAGGCAGUGCCAAAAGACGAAGUGGAAUGCCCCCCGGGUUGGGUGUGGGAGGAGCCUGAGUGGAGUGAAGAUCUCAACAGGGGCGUAGAUGAUCAAGGCUGGGAAUACGGCAACACCAUCCCACCAGACCGCCGGCCCAAGUCGUGGGUCCCUGCAGAGAAGAUGUAUCACACCAACCGAAGGAGGCGAUGGAUACGCUUGAGAAAGCGUGACCAGAAAAAGAUGGAUGCUCUCAGAAAGCAACAUCCAGAUGAGGCGGAGAGGGAGGGCUGGGAGUACGCUUCACUGUUCGGCUGGAAGUUCCACCUGAAGCCGAGGAAGACGGACAGCUUCCGCCGGCGCAGGUGGCGGUACCGCAUGGAACCCCUAGAGAAGACAGGACCGGCGGCCAUCUUUGCACUGGAGUGCUCAUUGAGCAGCAUAGAAGACAAACAUGACGACAAGUUCGUCACCACCACGUUUGGCGUCAACAGACCUACAAUUUCCUGUUUCUUUGAGCAUGGGACCCGCUACCACCUGCGCUGCUAUUUGUACCAAGCUAGACAACUGCUGGCUAUGGACAAGGACAGCUUCUCUGACCCCUAUGCCAUCGUGUCUUUCCUCCAUCAGUCCCAGAAAACGGUGACGGUGCGUAACACCCUUAACCCCACCUGGGACCAGACGCUCAUCUUCUACGAGGUGGAGAUUUUUGGCGACCCCGAGGCCACGAUGGCCAGCCCCCCUCAUGUGGUGGUGGAACUUUAUGACCAGGACACAUACGGGGCAGAUGAGUUCAUGGGUCGCUGUGUGUGCUUGCCUUCACUGACCCGCUCGCCUGGCCUGGCCUGGUUCCCUGUUCACCUCGGCAACAAGGACGCCGGCGAACUUUUGGCAGCGUUUGAACUCAUACGCAGAGAGAAGGCUGCAGUUCACCACAUUCCAGGUCAAGAGGCUGACGUGUUGACCUCCAACCAUGUUCUGGAUGAGUUGAUGUUCCCAGCAUUUCUCAAUGAGAACCUGCAGCAAUGGCCAGACGAAUCAGAUCUUCCGUGCCUACCCCCUCAGAGGGAGCCGAAUGUCUUCAUGCUGCCUCAGGGGAUCAAACCUGUCCUGCAAAGAACCGCCAUUGAGGUGUUGGCAUGGGGAGUCCGCAACCUGAAGAGCUUCCAGCUGGCCAGCGUCACCUCGCCAAGCCUCCAGGUGGAAUGUGGCGGCACUACGGUCCAAAGCUGCGUCAUAAGAAACGUGAAAAAGAAAGCUAACUUUGAUGUCAACACGCUCUUCAUCGACGUGAGACUCCCCGUGGUGGAGCUCUACAUGCCCCCAAUCGUCAUCAAAGUCAUUGACAACCGUCAGUUUGGCCGGAAGCCCAUGGUCGGCCAGUGCACCAUCCGCUCCCUGGAGAGGUACCGAUGCUGCCCAGAGGAUGAGGAUGGGGGCCGGGCAGAGGCGGACGAAGGCCAAGGUCAGAUCCCCCAUGUGGUCAGUGGCGACGCCUUCAUCACCGUGGACGACGAAGAGCCGCUCAUCUCACAUCAGGAAGAAGAUUUCAUAGACUGGUGGAGCAAAUUCUACGCAUCCACUGGAGAAACAAGGAAGUGUGGGAUGUACCUGGAACGGGGCUUGGACACUCUGCAGGUGUACGACAGAGAGUUGGAGAAAGUGGAGGCUUUUGAGGGUCUUUCAGAUUUCUGUCAAACCUUCAAGCUGCAGCGAGGAAAGACGCAGGAGGAAGGAGAAGACCCAUCAGUGGUGGGAGAGUUUAAGGGUAUGUUUAAGAUCUAUCCCCUGCCGGAGGACCCCUCGGCGCCUUUCCCCUCCAGACAAUUUAGGAAGCUUCCUCCUAAUGGUGUGGAGGAGUGUUUGGUCCGCGUUUAUGUCAUCCAGGCUCAAGGACUGCAGCCCAAAGAUGCCAACGGAAUGUGUGACCCUUAUGUGAGGAUCUCACUGGGGAAGAAGACCAUCAACGACCAUGAAAAUUACAUCCCCUGCACACUGGAGCCUGUCUUUGGAAGGAUGUUCGAGUUGAGCUGUUCCCUUCCCCAAACUAAGGACCUGCGGGUCAUGCUGUACGAUCACGAUGUUCUCACUAAGGACGAAAAGAUUGGCGAGACGAUUAUUGACCUGGAGAACCGCUUCCUGUCCAAAUAUGGAGCUGGAUGUGGGCUGCCCAUGUCUUACUCCCUCUCGGGCGUCAACCAGUGGCGAGACCAGCUCACUCCCAGGCAGCUGCUGUCCAGAGUGUGUGAGCGGCGGAACCUGCGCAAGCCCGUCUACCGCAAAUACACGGCCCACUUCAGAGGGGUGCAGUACAGCGCUGUUGACCUCGAGAAUGGUCACAUGUCCAGACACCACUUGGGCCCGGUUGAGGAGCGUUUGUCGCUCCACAUCCUAAGAGAAAUGGCUCUGGUUCCGGAACACGUGGAGAACCGAGCGCUGUACAGCCCGCUGCAGCCUGACAUAGAGCAGGGACGUCUAUUGAUGUGGGUGGACCUGUUCCCCAAGUCUUUGGGACCACCCGGACCCCCCUUCAACAUCACACCGCGCAAAGCAAAGACGUUUUUACUGCGUUGCAUUAUCUGGAACACCAGUGAUGUCAUCCUGGAUGACGUCAGCGUCACUGGGGAGAAGAUGAGUGACAUAUACGUGAAAGGAUGGCUGGAUGGACACGAAUACAACAAGCAGAAGACAGACGUCCACUACCGUUCGCUGGACGGAGAAGCAAUCUUUAACUACAGAUUUGUCUUUCCUUUCCUCUACCUACCCGCGGAGCAGCUAAGUGUGGUUGACAGGAAGGAACAUUUCUGGAGUCUGGACAAAGCCGAAACUAAACUGGCUCCGAAACUGACCAUCCAGGUGUGGGACAAUGACAAGUUCUCCUUCGACGACUACCUGGGUCACCUGGUGAUGGACCUCAAUUACAUGAUGCGUCCAGCCAAGUCGGCGGAGAAGUGCGACUUGGGUCUGCUGGAGCAGCCGGGCCAGCAGCUGGUGUCUCUGUUUGAGCAGAAGACCGUUAAAGGAUGGUGGCCUUGCAGCCGCGAGCAAGACGGACGCAGACUACUAGCUGGCAAGGUGGAGAUGUCUCUGGAGAUUGUGACGGAACAAGAACAUGAGGAGAGACCAGCAGGUUUGGGCCGAGACGAACCCAACAUGAAUCCUCACUUGGAAGAACCUCUGCGUCCAGAGACCUCUUUCCUGUGGUUCUCGUCCCCCUACAAGACGCUCAGGUUCAUCUUGUGGAGACGCUUCAAGUGCUUCAUCGUGCUGUUUAUUAUCCUCUUCCUCAUCUUCCUCUUCCUUGGGGUCUUCCUCUACUCCUUCCCGAACUAUGCUGCCAUGAGGAUGGUGGGCCCGUUUGGACCGGCACGGCCCGCAGAGUGACCGUAGAGCGCUUCUUCAUCUCCUGUGGACGUAUUCUGUCAGAACCCUGUCUCGAUUGUGCCUCACACUCCUCUUUACCUUAACGUUUGCUCCAUGGUCGCUUUUUUGGCGUCAUCCCUCAUCUUCUUCCUGUCAUGUGUUUAUGCAGCGAGGAACAUUCAUUGAAAAAUAAUCACUGCUUAUUCUUUUGGAGUGUCACAAAUGUCCUUGUCUCUGUAACUGACAAAAGGUCUAUCGCUGGAAAAGUCUGACUCUCUUCAUCGGCCUUGCUCUCUCCAAAGUGGACCCGAGUGGAAAAGUUGACGUAGUGGUCCCGCCGGCGCUUGUAAACAAAAGUCACAUUGAGCUCUCAAACGCUGGAAAGAUUUUAGCGAGCUUCUCGUCCUGCCAGGUCCAACCAGUUAGUAACCGCGGAGACCAACGUCUCACCAAAACGUCUGACCCGCUGCUCGGUUCGGGUCUCCUGUGACUGCUUGUUGUCUCUCGCAUUUAUCUGAACGUGUCAAUUGGACACACAGGAAUAAAGUCAGACCAGGUCUGAGCAGGGACCUGACCUUGUUGUGAACUAUUUGUGAUUUGUGUGUCCCAGCGCUCCAAGUGAGCCUUCUCGCCUCCUGUUUCUUCUCCAUGCCUGCUGCUGCCACAUCCGGCCUAGUCUUCUCCCGCUCUCCUCAUCCUUGUCUCCUCUUCCUCGGGGCGUUGUUGUGGUCAUCGUGAACUGCAGGUGAACCGAUGACCACAGCGUGUCUGUGUGUGUGUGUGUGUGUGUGUGUGUGUGUGUGUGUGUGUGUGUGUGUGUGUGUGUGUGUGUGUGUGUGUGUGUGUGUGUGUGUGUGUGUGUGUGUGUGUGUGUGUGUGCUGCACAGUGUGGGUGGGCUGUGGUGAAGGUCUGUCUUCACUCCCAAAUUUCCCAUUUUCCUCCUUCUCCUGUGUCCUUCCUCUCGGUGCCCUUUCUUCACUUCCCGUCCACCUUGAAGGUAGCUUGAAGAUGAAAAUCCUCUUCAUCUUUUGUCCUGUCUUACAGACAGUCACUGCAUAUGUGCCGUACACAAACAGACGUAUAGUGGAUGGGUCAAAGUUCCCCAGAUGUAAUUUUUGCAUCUGGUUUCAUUCGAAACAAGCAAGGACGCACGCGACAUCAAAUGGUUGCGGCUGGUGAACAGGAAGUAGCUUUAUCACAAUCAUUGUUGCACAUGUGUGAUGAGACUCUAGCUGCGUCUCAAAUGGAAUAGGGUCGUCCUUCGCCACAUGGCACUUCAAAUAUAGCGGCUUCACAACAUCGCAGAUUUUAAAAAAAAAAUGUUGUUUUUAAAGCAUAUACUAAAAUUUUUGGUCCUAAAUUGAGCUUUUUCAAUCAUAAAAAUGGCAAAAUAAACAAAAAAAACUAACCCAUCAAUGCCACAGUAACACUGGCCACUAGAGGAGACCUAACCAAUCA